ACGAUUCCGUUUCUGCUCAGAGGAUCCGUUGUCGAGGCUCUCGACCGUAUCAACAUUACGCUGGUGCACGGUUUGGACAGCCAUUACCUACUUCUUUGGUCUGCUAAUCGUUCAAGCUCCUCCCCGCAUGCUCAACUUGAAGAAGCUUGAUAAAGAUCUGCUCUCUCAACAUAGCCAUAUAACUUGGACUGUCUCCGCCUGAGUUACAUUCAAUCAGAGAUACUGCAUCAAAGAUCCCACACUUGAAGUAAAAAUGGGUUCAACAGAAGCGCCGUCCUAUUUAUUGCUACUCCCGCCAGUAUCCCUACCUCCUACCCCAGCCUUGUUGCGAGAAACAUACGGCAAGACUGUUGCUCAAGUUCUCAAGGAGGUCGCAAGUCACUCUGAAGAAUCCUCUGAUGCUGCCGUGCUCGAGAUAGCUUUGGCUUGCGAGCAUUUGGUAAAUUCUCAACGCCUCCCGCGAUCAAGUUUGUACAAAAAGACACAGGAUCUGGUGGCCGGUGUUUAUCGACUGAUUUGUGUUCUGGCGACUGAAAAUGACAUCAAUAUCGAAGACAAAGACGGUGUCGAUGUGCGCGUGCUGCUUGUCGCGUGGUCUCCCAAGACUACAGACGAGUCAGUGGCGAGUAAUUUGUUCGGACCCACUGUCAGCCUCGACGUCCUUGCCCAAGGCGAGAGACCGUGGCGUUUCGCGUUCGGCGAUGAAUCUGAGGAUGGUGAGGCCAUGGUGAGAGCAUUCGUCCAAGCAAAGCAACAACCAAGCAGCUCAGCCCAGCUCGGUCAAGACUCGACACCGGCUAUAACAGAGAUCGCGGGUGCAAGACAUCGCCAUGUCGCGGUGGGAGGGACAUUCGAUCAUCUUCACAUCGGCCACAAAUUACUUCUCACUAUGACGCUCUUUGCCGUUGACCAGACUUCAGACCAAACGUCGUACAGCGUGACCAUUGGGAUUACGGGCGAUCAGCUUUUGGUGAAGAAAAAGCAUGCUGGUCUCGUCGAGAGUUGGGCAGAGAGACAGGGUUCCGUCGCCAAGUUUCUCAAUGCUUUGAUAGACUUCGCUCCGGCAAGCAGAUAUAGCCCGCCACAAGUCAAUGCAAGGUCCGAUGAUAGUCCGAACGGUAAAUCCAUCGACAUUACAUAUGCUAGCGGCCUAGUAGUCAAGCAUACUGAGAUCCAGGAUCCAUUUGGACCUACAAUCACAGACGAGCAGAUAUCUGCUCUAAUUAUCAGUGCUGAGACAAGGUCUGGUGGCAAUGCUGUGAACGAGAAACGUAGCGAACGAGGCUGGAAUCGGCUGGAAGUCUUCGAGGUGGACGUGUUAGACGGCCCGGGUGAAAUUGAGUCGGUCAACAAUGAUGCGAGGACGAAUUUCGAUAACAAGCUGAGCAGCUCGGCAAUCCGAGAGAAAUUGGCCCGAAAGACUCAAGGCAAAAUGUGAUGAAGGUUGAGCGCGGUGCAGAUUUGGAUAUCCCACCUUGCAUUGGCAUACCCCUGCCGCACUGCUCAAUCAAAAUGUUCACGGGUGGGGACCACGGUGUUGCGAAGAAGUCUGAAAAGAAUUCUGGUGCAG